ACUGAGCACACGGAUGCAAAACAAAUGCAUGUGUGAUUUAGCAGAAGACAGAAUUUAUCCACUUUGACACAAAAACGAAAGGGAAGACCCGAGAAAAUGGAAGACAUAGUUGAAGAAAAGAAGCCCAUCCCAAACCUCCGGAUGGUUCUUGUGGGUAACCAAAGUGUUGGGAAAACUACUGUGGGGAACACCAUCUUAGGCCUCAAGCAAAACGAAAGUGAAAAAAGAACUGACCAGUCGGUGGUUCAGAAGGGUUUUGUUGGGAAAACUGAAGUAACGGUUGUUGACACUCCAGGAUGGUGGAAAGGCUUCCCUGAGUCAGAGACCCCACAAGUAAUCAAAGACGAAGUGAUGCGCAGCAUGUUCCUGUGCCCACCUGGGCCCCACGUCUUCCUGCUGGUGAUCGAUGCAGAGGCAUCCUCCAAUCCCAAACACGUGGAUGCUGUGACAACACACAUGGAACUCCUUGGAGAAGGAGUGUGGAAACACACUAUUAUAGUUUUCACCAGAGGAGACUGGCUGGGAACACACACCGUUGAGGAGUACAUUGAAGGCGAGGGGCACGCCUUGCAGUCUCUGGUUGAAAAAUGUGGAAACAGAUAUUAUGUCCUAAACAAGAAAGCCGCAAAAGAUGGUUCACAAGUCACAGACCUGCUGGAGAAGGUUAUGUGGACUGCAUCAGGAAAUGGUUGGGAUAAUUUUGUUCCAGAUGAGCAGAUAUUUGAGACCAUUGAAGGGAGACGAAGAAAAGUGGAGCAAGGAGCGAUGAUGAGGCAAAGUCAAGUCAAAGCCAAAAGGAGAUCACUCAAAGCAUCUAGGGAGAAGUUGGAAGAACUGAGGAUUGUGAUGCUGGGACAGAAGAUGUUUGGAAAGAGUGCAACAGGAAAUGCCAUCCUAUGUAAGGAAGUGUUUUCCACCAGUGAGCGCUGCAGAGUAGAAGUGGGGCAAGUUGCAGGCCGACUGGUCACUGUGAUUGACACCCCAGGUUGGUGGAAAGACUCCUCUCACUGCACUCAGCAGACAGACAAAGAAAUUGUCCAGGGUCUGUCACUGAGCCCGUUAGGGGUGCAUGCUGUUCUGCUGGUUGUUCCCUUGGACCUGACUUUCGGAGAAACACAGCGAGUCGCUCUGGAAGAACACAUGAACCUUUUUGAUGCCAAUGUCUGGAAAAACACAAUGGUUCUGUUCACACAUGGGGACAAACUAGCAGAAAAGUCUGUAGAAGAGCACAUUGAGAGGAACCAUCCUGCUCUGUGCUGGUUGGUGGAAAAAUGUGACAACAAGUACCACACCAUGAACAACAUGAAGAUGUCUGAUAUGAAUCAAAUUACAGAGUUGUUUGAGAAGAUAGAAGAAAUGGUAGCAGGAAACAGUGGACAGGUGUUCUCCAACGAUGUGAAUGCCACCAACCUGAGAAUGUACGAGAAGUUCAGGAGGAGACAGCUGAAGGAGGUGCUGAAGCAACGAUUGGCAAGGGAGUACAGGAGGAGAGAGCUGGAGCUGAUGAUGGGCUUCAAGGAAAAACUUGUGGAGCUGCAAACUGACAUCAGGGACAGUUUGAAGAGCAGUAAUCCCAAAUCACCAGUUGGUGACAAAAUAAAAUUAAGUUUUGGUCAUAAAAAGAAAGAUAAAAAUGAGAAGGUGGAAAAAGUAGAAGAAAAAAUCAACAAAGAAAUUGAAAGGCUGAACAAGGAUAUAAUGGAAUCCACAGAGCAUAUCAGGAGCAGCAUGGAAAUAUUUAGACCUGAUUUGAAAGGAAGCAGUCUAGGAUCAUCCUGCACUGACUCUUUUUCAGAUCAUCCGAAAUCCACCAGCAAUUUCGACAAAGUUUUGGGUUGGCUGUCUGGCCUUCAGAUUACCACAAAUGUGGACAACCAGCUGACACUCAAAUUCCCUGAGACGUCAGAUUAUGGAUCACUGGUCGACAAAUGCUCAUUUCCGAAUGAGUAGUCUCAAAAGACUGAAAGAAUUGGCAAGGGCUCCUGUUGCCUGCCUGUCGGGACAGUGAAUAGAUGGAUGCAGUUGGCGGAAGGAGGCAGGAAUAUUUGUGGUUGUUCCAAAAUACAACCAAAAUAUUUCGGAAUGGAUAGAUUACCAUAAUUUAACCUAUCCAUUCUAAACUAUUUCUUACAUUAAGUAUUUUCUUCAUUGAUCCCGGGUCAUAUAUUUCGAUGGGAUUAAAAUUGUGUUAUUUGCCUCCACAUAUCUGGUUGAAUUUAAUUUUUUGCAAUGAUCUAUUACAUCAAAAUAGCAAAGUAGAAACCCGGAUGCGGAUUAGAUUUUAGAAGUGCACGCCUACAAGCCACAGAAUAGGGAGAGCGAUGCAACUGCGCCCUUAAAGGGAAAGUUCGUUUUUUUACAACCUGGACCUUAUUUCUGGCAUUUUUUAUGGUUGUAUACUCACCCAGGCAAGUUUGGUGUCAUUUGGAGUCCUUCGGAAGAUAUUAGGGGUUUUUUUGCGAGCCGCUUCUCCAUAUAACGGUAGUGAACGGGGCACCGCGGGACACAGACGAUGCAGCGUCUAAAUA